UCUCCCCGGCAACGGGAGAAGCUUCUCUGAGAGUCUCCACAAGCUCAGGAGGCAGCAUGAAGGAAGGCAGGGAGUCCCCAAGCCUCCAUCUGGACCUCAGCAACUUCGAGGAUGGGGCGAGCAGCCGCUACGUCCUGACCAGCCCCCGUUCCCUGGAAGCCUGUGCCCGGCUGAGGGUGAGACCUAUCGAGCUGCUUCACAAGUCUCUGGAGGAGGUGAGUGAGGAGAACCCAGAGGCCAGCGGCCAGCAACUGAACGACCUAUAUGUAGCUCAGGAGAGAGAGCGCCGCCACAAGCUGAAGCUGUGCAGAGAGCUGAGGCUGGAGCUGCUGCAAGGGGACUGGCAACCAAACAGAGCCUCUUCCCACACUCCUAGAGGUCACAAAGACCGUCCAUUCACCUCCCUAGAUCAGCAGGACCCUCAAACUCUCUCCACUGAUUGCCGAGACCCUCUGGACACCCUAACCAGAGGCUAUAGAGACUAUUCUUCACUCCUUUUCCCCGAUCAACAUAACCCUCCACCUGUUACUACAAAUCACCAGGUCCCACAGGACACCUCAACCAGGGGCCACAGAAGAGGCUCAGGGACACUGCAGAAAAGCCUGAGCCAGGGAGACCUCCUUCUAAUGGAGGAGAAGGCACGCCGCAUGGCCAGGACAGUGGAAAGAGAGAUGUGGGCCUCAGUACCCGAUCGAGAUAAGAAAAUUGGUGCUUUGAUGUUGUUAAAGCACCAGGAAGAGGAGAUGUCCAAGCAGAGAAGGCAUCAAGCCCAGCAGGCCUGGGACAAUCUGAAGACUGAGGAGAGGUAUAUCCGAGCCGCCUUGGACAGACAAGAUUGGCCAAUCCAGAUGCAGAACCAUAGGAGGCGAAGCUGGAGCUCCCAACUUGACUGGCAGGUGGACCCCGUUCACAUGUCCUCCCACAAGACUUUAUUGCCGGAGCAAAGAGCCCUCCUUCAAUAUGGCUUGACCAAGGUCAUGGUGGAUUUAAAGAGUAAGAACCCCUGCUACGAUAGCACAAGCGGUUAUCCACUGGAGGAAAGAAUGAUAAAGGCCUUCAAAGCAAAAAUGGUCAAGGAUUUACAGGACAAAAAGAACCUCCAAAUUAAAAAUGAGUAUGAGAAGCUUCGGCAUUCCAAACUGAAAGAGAAAGUAGACUAUCAGGCUAAAGCUGAGGAGCACGUCAAGAAAGAUUCCAUCCAACGCAAAGAGCAGAGAUCGAAGGAGCUCCAAGAGAAAUUGAUGGAGGAGAGGAACAAGGGCUUGUAUGAGAAAGCAUCUAGAGAGGAUGAGCUGAAGCUCAUGGCAAAGCUCCGGGUUAUGCAUCUGGAAAAAGAGAAGAUGGAGCACAAAAAAAUGCUGGCUCACCUAACUGACCACAAGAUCCAGCAGGCCAGAGGCACUCUACAGAAAAGCAUAGUGGGCAAAACGGAGCGAGCCCGAGAACUCAACUUCGUCAAGGAAAGCACCUAUCAAGCCUUGAAGAAAAAUGUUGAUCGACAAAAGGAGAACCAGCGCAAAGAGAUCGUCCAAAUCAUCAGGAUGAAGGACCAGAAGAGCGACAGGAUCCGCAAGGAAAAAGAAGCUACGGUCCAGGAGGGGAAAAGGAUCGCUAGAGCUUCAUUUCAUUUUCGGGAUAAGAUCCGUCAGCAGACCAAAAGCAGGACUUUUGACCAAAUGGCCCUUCAGGCGACGCUUAAUGCCAGCCUAUUAAAAACCAUCCCAUGAAAGGA